AUGCAAAAGGAAGAGGUAGGAGAAGACGAAGAGGGAGAUGAGUACGUACAGGAUGAUAAUAUAGUAGAAGACGAGGAAUUACAGCAAGAAGUGGAGCAAGUAGUGGAAGAACCUGAAAAGAAGAAUACAAACAUGGGCUUGGCAUCGUACAUUCUGUCCUACGGGGUAGCGCUUUUAGGCGUCGCAAUUGUUGCCGCCUACUUUCAUUUCACGCGUAACUUCGGCCACUGGAAGAGAAAAGGCAUCAAGGAACUCAAACCCCUUCCCUUCGUGGGAAACCUGAAAGAUGUCGCCUUCAUAAAGAAGAACAUCGGCAUGGUGGCUUCUGCAAUCUACGAGCAGCACAAGAAGGAACCGUUCAUUGGCAUAUACGCGUUCGACGAACCAGUGCUCCAAGUCCACGACUUGGACCUCGUGAAAGCCGUGCUCGUCAAGGACUUUCAGUACUUUCCCGACAGAAGUGCACAUGCAGAUGAAGAAUUGGAUCCACUUCCUGCUCGAGGUCUCUUCCUUCAAAAGGGAGAACGGUGGAAGCACCAGAGGAACGCAAUUACACCCUCUUUCACUUCGGGCAAAAUGAAGCGGAUGUAUGAACUUGUAGCUGAAUGCGGGAAGUUUCUGUUAUUGGCCUUAAAAAGAGAGAAUUUGGCAGGAAAGCCAGUGGAAGUAUACGAACUUGCAGCUCGCUACACUACCGAUGUUAUUGCAACCUGUGCGUUUGGUAUUAAAGGAAAUAAUUUGGAAGAUCCCAAAGCAGAAUUUCGUCGAAUUCUGCGAGCAGUGUUCGAAUUAUCUCCAAUUCAAGCAAUAGCAAUGGCAACAGCUUUUUUGGCCCCUAAACUAACCAAAUUACUACGCCUCAAAGUAAUCGAUCAUGAAGUGGAUAGUUUUCUGAGAAGUACGAUUCAACAAGUCAUAAAAGAAAGAGAAAAUAAAAACAUUCAGCGAAAUGACCUUCUGGACAGCUUGAUUCAACUUAUGAAAUAUGGCAAAAUUUCUGAAGGAGAGGCAAAUGGAGGGGACGAAGCUUCUAAGAAACUGGCUUUUGAUGAGCGGGACGUGUGUGGUCAAGCGUUUGCGUUUUUAACGGCGGGGUUCGAGACUUCAGCCACGACCAUCAGCUACGCUCUCUUCGAGAUCGCCCAGCACAAAGACGUGCAAGACAAACUACGCAAGGAGCUUCAGAACGCAACGAGCGACGGGGACUUCUCCUACGAGACACUCCAUGGAUUGAAAUAUCUGGACAUGGUGAUGCAAGAAACAUUACGCAAAUAUCCUCCACUUCCGUUCCUCGACAGGAAGUGUAGCAAAGCGUACACUCUGCCUGGUACAGAUGUUACGUUGGAAGCGGGAUCUCGCAUAAUGGUGCCACUCCACGCGUUGCAAAUGGACCCAGAAUAUCAUCCCAAUCCCAAAAAGUUUGAUCCAGAAAGAUUCUCCGAAGAGAACAAGAAGAAUAUUAUCAACUACACACAUAUGCCCUUCGGCGAAGGGCCGCGAAACUGUGUCGGAAUGCGUUUCGCCUUAAUGCAAGUGAAAUCUGCCCUAGCUCACCUACUGAUGAAGUAUACAAUUCAUCCAUGCGACACCACACCCCAAGAAAUUAAGUUCAACCCGCAAUCAUUUUUGCUGCAACCGAAGGAUAAAAUUCAGCUAGAGUUUUAUUUGACAGGUCAGAAAAUUGGAUUUUUAAGGAAUACAAACAUGGGCUUGGCAUCGUACAUUCUGUCCUACGGAGUAGCGCUUUUAGGCGUCGCAAUUGUUGCCGUCUACUUUCAUUUCACGCGUAACUUUGGCCACUGGAAGAGAAAAGGCAUCAAGGAGCUCAGACCCCUUCCCUUCGUUGGAAACAUGAAAGAUGUCGCCUUCAUGAAGAAGAGCAUUGGCAUGGUGGCUUCUGCAAUCUACGAGCAGCACAAGAAGGAACCGUUCAUUGGCAUAUACGCGUUCGACGAACCAGUGCUCCAAGUCCACGACUUGGACCUCGUGAAAGCCGUGCUCGUCAAGGACUUUCAGUACUUCCCCGACAGGAGUGUUGAAGCUGACGAAGAACUAGACCCGGUGAUUGCUCGAGGGCUGUUUGUGCAAACGGGAGAGCGCUGGAAGCGCACAAGAAACGCCAUCACACCGAGCUUUACGUCGGGUAAAAUGAAACGGAUGUAUGAUAUUGUAACUCAAUGCGGAAAACUCCGCCUGUUGGGCUUAGAAAAGGAGAAAUUGGCAGCUUUUAAUGAACUGGAUGUGUGUGGUCAAUCAUUUGCGUUUUUAACCGCGGGCUACGAGACUUCAGCCACUACAAUCAGCUACGCUCUCUUCGAGAUUGCCCAGAACAAAGACGUGCAAGACAAACUACGCAAGGAGCUUCAGAACGCAACGAGCGACGGGGACUUCUCCUACGAGACACUCCAUGGAUUGAAGUAUCUGGACAUGGUGAUGCAAGGAAUGCGGUUUGCCUUAAUGCAAGUGAAAUCUGCCCUAGCUCACCUUCUGAUGAAGUAUUCAGUUGAGCCGUGCGAAACAACACCCCGAGAAAUCAAGUUCAACCCGCAAACAUUUUUGCUGCAGCCAAAAGAGAAUUUUCAGCUCAUUUUCAACCCGCUGCCAUGACCACAUAUGAAUUUUUAAUAUAAUCUCUCUCUCUCAGUUGUGCAACAAGUAAUUUUCUAAUAAGGGAGCUAGAACAGUAUUCUUCACCCGACUUCUCUUAGCAAGAAUUUUACAUUUAUCCUCAUGAAUUUCUUUGCUUAUUUUUAAUUAUUUCUACAAAAAAUUGAAUUGAGAUGUUGGACGACUUAUGUUGCUUUAGGAAAUUAGUAAAAACUAUACUCUAUAAAGUGUAUAAUCUGCUUCUGGGGGAGCGGAAUGUGUCGCAUGUUCGGUGGUAUAGCGGUUAGUUGUAAAGUGUAUUUCACCUACGUUCGAGAGUUCACAUCCUCUCGAAACCGUGAAUUUUUAAGGGUGAAAGAAGUCCUUCGACGGGGAAGUAAAGCCGGUUGUAUCAUGUUGUAUUUUACCACAUGCAAAAGAACCUCUAACCAAAAUAAUCCUCUGGGCACAAUUCAAUUAACUUGUUUCGACGCCCGAGUAAAGCCUUCUUUCUCUGCUAGAUGGAGAAAAGAGCGUGGCGAAAUUUGCGGGCCCAGGUAGAAGAGUAGGCCGAACGGCCUGAGCUUCACCACAUAAAAUAAGGCAUGUAUGAAUUAAUGAAUAAUUUAGUGAAUGAAUGAAGUCUCAAGAACCACCUGCAGUGUGUCUCAGCCCCUUCUAUUAUCUAUUCAGCGUGUUGCUAAUAUAACUUCUAGUUUAUUGCAUAGCCUUGUCAAUAAAUGUGGAAAAGUUGAGAAAAGUGUCCUCAGUGAACAUCAAUUGAUUCAUCAUGUCCCACACAACUCUGGUUGACAAAUGCUUUAGUUCCUUCGCUCUGCUGUACUUCUCAUUUGGCUGCCUGAGUGAACUGCCUACAUCAGUGCUUGCCAACUCAAUGCUCUGUGACGUCACAACAAUCUGCUCUGCUGCUCCAAGCCGAGCCGCGGGGCAAAGGAAGUGCCCGACGCGGCGGCGGGCAAACAGUGUUCGCUCGAUAAUUAUGCUUUUAAAUCGUAAUAAAUAUUUAAAUGUUAAUGAUUCAAUAAAAUAUAAAAAAAAUUGA